AUGGUCAGAGACGGCGGCGCUUCGAGCAGCGAGCAGAUGUCGCGUGAUGGCCAUGGCGGCCAUGAGGAUUCCAAGCUGGAGGCUGUGGAUCUGCCACAGCGACUUAGGUUUGAGCUAGCCACUGGCAAGAUGUCCGUGGACCUCGUGGAUGACCGUUUCGACGAGGCGCAGCAGCAGAGACGACAGCUGUUGAGCUUAUCCCUCCAUGAAGCAAGCUGGGCGGUUGAUAUCGAUAUGCUCACGGACAGCCUCGGAAAAGAUGCCUUCGAGUGGCGUGUGGAAGGAAAGCUGAAGACAUUUUCCGCCCGGCAUUCCGGCAGAAUUAUCCUACACUUUCGCCAAUCGGAGGUCCAGCAGAUGCCCGGAGACUUGGCCGGGCAUCUCGUGUUGGCAAACACCCUAGAGCCCGCACGCAACCUUCUGACGUUGCAGUUGAGCUUCGCGCCACUGGAGGUGCACUUGCCACAGGGAAUGUUCAGUCAACUGCUGAAGUUUUUCGAGAGGGAUGUGGAGCCUUCGCAAUGGCAGGGAGCGUACGACACUUCCCAGGACAGCCUGCCAAUGUCGCAGCGGGUUGUGGACAAGGUGUAUGAGCAGAUCCCCGACGAAGUGCAGCUCGACGUCCGCAUCUCCUCACCUGUGAUUGUCGUUCCUGUGGAGAACCUCGGCUCCGCGCGCUUCAGUCUGGGCGACCUUCACCUUGUCACUUUGGGACCCUGCGCAUACGAACGUCUUGCUUGCAAGCUGAAGCUGGAAGACAUUUCACUUCGCAGCACUACAGCAAGAGGCGCAAAUUUCAAUGUCGUCAAACCUCUGCAGCUCUGUCUCGAUGUGCAGCUUCGGAUGCUGGACGACGAAAACCACAUGGAGGUCCAGGCUGCGAUGAGCCAGGCUGCAUUGUCUGUGAGUCCGGAAGCGAUGCAGAUACUUACUUCCAUUCCAUCGGCUUUGUCUUCGCUUCUGGGCAGCUUCGAUGAGGCAGAGCCGAGCUUUGGCCUCAGUCUCCCCUUGCUGACGGUGUCGCCAGCAGUUGCACACGGAGUCCAAAGUUCGUUCUGA